AUGUUUCAUUCAACAUCAGGAGUUAACGAUCGUGGCUUCACUACCGAGCUAGUGCAUGCCAAGGAGAAGCAAUCGUCUCUGGAGCAGUUGGGUCCUAGGUUUUCUUCCUCCGAAGCAGCACGUGGAAGUGCUGACUCGCUAACACGUCGGCUACAAAACCGCCACAUUCAGCUCAUAGCCAUCGGCGGGUCAAUUGGCACGGCGCUCUUCCUGAGCAUUGGCGGUGGACUGAAUAAGGGCGGCCCUGGCAGUCUGUUCAUUGCUUACACCCUCUACAGCAUUGUCCUGGGUCUGGUCAAUAAUUGCAUUGCCGAAAUGACAGUUUACAUGCCAGUGAGCGGUGGCUUUAUCCGUCUUGCAGGGAAAUGGGUUGACGACUCGCUCGGCUUUAUGGCUGGGUGGAACUUCUUCCUCUACGAGGCGCUGCUCAUACCCUUUGAGAUAUCUGCCUUGUCGAUCGUCUUAACGUAUUGGCGCGACGACAUACCAACUGCUGCCGUCUGCGGUGUUUGCAUUGCUGCAUAUAUCGUUUUAAACAUCUUUGUCGUGGAAGUGUACGGCGAGGCUGAGUUCUGGCUCGCAAUAGGCAAGGUCUUCCUUAUUGUCAUGCUCUACUGCUUCACCUUUGUGACGAUGGUGGGCGGCAACCCGCAGCACGACGCAUACGGCUUCCGUUACUGGAAGCACCCGGGAUCGUUUGCCGAGCAUCUCUCCAAAGGGGCUUUGGGUCGGCUCGAGGGAUUCCUGGCUGCGCUCUGGUCGGCCUCCUUUACUGUUGUUGGGCCUGAAUACAUCUCAAUGGUGGCGGCCGAAGCCAAGCACCCUCGCAUCUACAUUAAGAACGCGUUUAAAACAGUCUACUGGCGUUUCGGUGCCUUUUUCAUCCUCGGGUCGCUGUGUUGUGGCAUCGUUGUGGCUUACAACGAUCCGGUCCUGGCUGGAGGCUCUGGCUCAGGCACGGCUGCAGCAUCGCCUUACGUCAUUGCCAUGGAAAACCUAGGCGUUGAUAUGCUGCCACAUAUUGUUAAUGCUCUGCUCUUCACCAGCAUCUUCUCCGCCGGAAACACGUACUGCUACUGUGCCACCCACAGUCUGUAUGGACUUGCCCUUGAGGGUCGGGCUCCCAAGAUCCUGACCAAGUGCUGGCGUGGAAACCCGCUCUUGUGUUUCUGCAUCGUCAUAUGCUUUCCGUUCCUCUCCUUCCUCUCGGUCUCCAACGGGUCAAAUGUGGUCCUGACGUGGUUAGUGAACCUGGUCACGGCCGGUGGGAUCAUCAACUACAUCGUCAUCACGACGACGUACAUUUGUUUUUACCGCGCCUGCAAAGCCCAAGGGUUCGACCGUACUCAAUUGCCAUAUGUCGGCUACUUUCAGCCCUAUUGCGCAUACAUCGGACUUACGUGGAUGACUGUGGUCGUGGUCUUCUACGGAUACUCCAGCUUUCGGCCCUGGAGCGUCCAAAACUUCUUUACCUACUACACCAUGGCCAUCCUGGCCCCCAUUCUGUUCGUCAGUUGGAAACUAAUUAAGCGCACCAGCUUUCGUCGACCGCACGAGGUCGAUCUGGUGUGGGAAUCCGAGGCCAUCCGCGAGUACGAAGCACUCGAAACAGAAGCCCCUGUCGGGUUUUGGGCCGAGUUGAUGGAGAUGCGUGGGCCAAAGUUCUCGAAGCUGGAGCGGUCUAACGUUGCGGCGGUCUGA